CCAUUACAAUUGUUAGCUUCAAAUACAGGAAUCAUCUGACGGAACAAGAGAAACCUCAUACUGUAAUUGACUGUCAAUUCAUCAUCUGACGGUUUGGGGUCGUUUAUUUUUUGAUAUAAAAUGGGAGCCUGUAUGGCGUUGUGCUCUCUUGCGAGCUGUGCCUCAUGUUUGUGUGGCUCUGCACCAUGUCUACUCUGUGGCUGUUGUCCUUCUUCCAACAACUCCACCGUCACCCGACUGGUCUUCUCUUUUUUCCUCCUUCUGGGAACACUGGUGUCUGUAAUCAUGAUCUUGCCAGGCAUGGAGACGCAGCUCCGCAAGAUUCCUGGCUUUUGUCAAGGGGGGACCACAAUACCAGGGAUCGAGAACCAUGUUAACUGUGACGUGAUUGUCGGCUACAAAUCAGUCUACCGCAUGUGCUUUGCUAUGGCGUGCUUCUUUUUCCUUUUUUCUGCAAUUAUGAUUCGCGUAAAAAGCAGCAAAGAUCCUCGUGCUGCUUUUCAGAACGGGUUCUGGUUCUUCAAGUUUCUGAUCCUAGUUGGCAUCACUGUCGGAGCCUUUUUCAUCCCAGAUGGCACAUUUCAUGAUGUUUGGUUCUACUUUGGUAUUGUGGGCUCCUUCAUGUUCAUCCUGAUCCAGCUUAUCCUCCUAAUUGACUUUGCCCACUCCUGGAAUGAGGUGUGGAUGAGGAAUGCUGAGGAGGGCAACAGCAAAUGUUGGUUCUCAGGUCUGUUGUUCUUUACUAUCCUGCAUUACGCCCUGGCCUUUGCUGCGAUUGUGCUGUUUUAUCUAUACUACACCAAACCUGACAACUGCGCCGAACACAAGUUCUUUAUCAGCUUCAACCUUAUUCUCUGCAUCAUCGUAUCUGUGGUAUCCAUUCUGCCAAAAGUGCAGGAUGCCUCACCUCAGUCUGGUCUGCUUCAGUCCUCUAUUAUUACUCUGUACACUAUGUAUGUCACCUGGUCUGCCAUGACCAACAAUCCUAAUCGUGAAUGUAACCCUAGUUUGCUCAGUCUGGUGUCCAAUAUCAGCACAACUGAGGCAAUGCCCACAAGCUCACCUGGGAUGGUGCAGUGGUGGGAUGCUCAAGGCAUUGUGGGAUUGGUCAUCUUCCUCUUCUGCACCUUUUAUGCCAGCAUUCGUUCAUCCAGUAAUGCUCAGGUGAACAGGCUGAUGCAGACAGAGGAAGGAAAGGGCACUGUGGGAGGGGAGGAGGUGGGCGAAGAUGGUCUGCGGCGUGUUGUGGAUAACGAAGAGGACGGCGUCACAUACAACUACUCCUUUUUCCACUUCCACCUCUUACUGGCCUCUCUCUACAUCAUGAUGACUCUCACUAACUGGUACAAACCUGAUACAACCACUCAGGCCAUGCAGAGCACUAUGCCUGCAGUGUGGGUGAAGAUCAGCUCCAGCUGGCUGAGUCUGGGGCUCUACCUGUGGACGCUUGUGGCUCCUCUCAUGUUCCCCAAUCGAGACUUCAACUGAGCUUGAGUGGGUGAGAUUCCCUCACCCAUUCAAACUGUCCAUGUUUGCAUUGUGGUAGAAAUAUUACAAUCCAAAAACCAUUAAAUAGCAUGAUUGAAAGCAAUUCAAACCUGAAACGGACAAUUCGUGAUUAGUAUCAUAAGACUAAUAAGUACUUACAAGUUAAAGAAAUUGCAUGGACAAAAACAAAGGUAUAUGAUGCCGUGACAAGUAUUUAAAAAAAAAAAAAAAAAAAAAUGACACUUAUUUCAGUUGUUCAGUAACUUCACACAUCACAUGUGAGGAACGUUGGAAGUUGCCAUGCAUCAUUAGGAUUCCUAUCUGACUUUAGGCGCUUCUCAAUACUUUCAUUGAGGUUUGACACCUGAUGCACAAAUCUUUUUUUUUUAUUUUUUAUUAAUAUUCUUUUAAGUCACAUCUUACCAGUUUAGUUUAAAUAAAUCACAAAUGUCACAUAAACAUACUUGCUUUAUUUAGAAUGUCUUGAUUUAUCAACUUUAUCAUUUUAACAUUAUGGCAAAUCUCUAAAGCACAUAUAUAUCUGCACAAAGAUGUCAUUUUGAAGAGAUACUCAAGCGUUUUUCAUUUUACAGAUACGUCUUGCUUUAAUUCCUCCAUCCUUGCAUCUCCUCCUUGAUUCCUAGGAUCAUAAGCUAUAAUGCAAGUAAAGGAAAUGAGAAGCA